AUGAACUAUGAUCUAAAAAAAGGCGCAGAAUAUAUUACUCAGGAUCAAGGAAAUGAAUUUGGAAACGUUUCUACAGAAUUUAUCACUUUUCAAAUAGAUUUACUUCUAAUAUUACAGCAGAUGGCCUACAUGCUUAAUAAAAGAAACGAAACUGGAUUCAUUCACAAAGAAUACUUUUUAACGGUUUGUUUAUUGCUCCCGAGAUGUUUGGACUAUGUCAAUAUUAAUGUCUUUCGGAAUUCCAUAACAGUUAUGUUGAACGAAUUUCAUAUAGUACUGUGUCACACAUUACCAACGUAUUAUAUAAAAAAUAUUAAUACAUCACGUGAUGAUACAGGAAAAGUACGUUUUAAUAAUGACAUUGACAAAAACUUGACAUAUAUAAUAUCGAUGAUAGAAAAUAAAACAAAAAUUUUUAACAACUUGUCAGAGAUUCCAAACUACGAGAGAGACAGUAAGAAUUUUCUUUUAAAAGUUUACAAGAUUAUUGGCAAUAUCGAUUUGAUAUCAUGUAUGAGUAAAAACCUCGAUAAACUAAAGUACAAUUAUAAGGUACAAGAUAUACUUUACGAUAAAAAAUUAAGAAAGGCUAAGAUCAGAGACAAUAAAAAUAAACAAUUACUUGAAAACUAUAGAGCUUUAGUGCUCGCCAAUGUUAAUUAUUCAUUUAAUCUUAAGAAAUAUUGCGGUUUAUUAAAAUAUGAAAUUCGAUCAUACGAUUUAAGCAAAGUCGAAACAAUGGACGAAUUAUUUAUUUAUACAUUAAAUAGACUCCAACAACAUUUUACAAAUAUUAUAUUAAGCAGGAAAAGGAAACAUUCUGACACAACUGAAAAAGACUUGGUGGACACAAAAAAAAUUACAAACAUGAUACUCGAUUUAUGUGAAAAAAUCUCUUACAUUCUUGUCUUUUUUAAGGAAAAUAAGUUUCAAGACGACUCGAACAUGUUCAAUUUGUAUUUUACGUUCUGCUUCGAUUUUAAGGAAUACAUCGAAGUCCGUUGCAUCAGUGCGUUUCACAAGAUUCCAGCUGCUAAGAAUUUCGAGACCGAGUGGAAAAAUUGUAUGUGGGAGUCGUUGAAAAACCUUUGGACGUAUAAUAUAUUUAUAACAACUACUAAGGUCCCGGAAAUAAGAUACGAUAUGGAUUUAAUAAAUGAAGAUUGUAUAUAUUAUUACAUAAAAUACCCAUCGACACUCUAUGAUAGCAUCAAACAAUAUGACAAAGAAAUUGGCGUAUGGACCACUUUUCAGUGGUUGAGCGGUAAAUAUUUUCUUACCGAAAAUUUCGAAAACGUAGAUAUGAAUGAGUUAAAAUUGAAAAAUAUAAAUAUUAAAAACGUAAAUAUGAGUUUAUCAGUGGCGUAUUAUGCGCUAUUACCGUGGAGUAUAAACACAUUCCCUGUAGGCCUACUUCAUAAUAUGAUAUUACAGCAUCUAAACAGAACAAUGAAUACGUAUGUUUACAGAUACGCUCUAAUUAUAGAUUUGUACUUAAAGCGCACAAGUAGCAGUGUCAAUUCUCACGUUUUACAAAGCAUACGAGAUAGUGUUCGGUGGUAUACGGGCGGGACAGAAAUAUUUUACAAAUAUCUUAAUUUACCUUUGUACACUGAUAAAGACCCACAGANUGAUAAUGGUAAAAUAAAUGUUUACGACAUCAUUCCUAUGGACGCAAAAGACGAUUUUUUGAAGUGGUCCGAAACCGAACUUCCCGAUAAAGAUGACGAGUACUAUCAAUUCAACACGGUUAUAAAUAUGAAUUGCAUGGACGCUAUGGACUACAUGAAUACUUUCCUUUCGAUCGCAGUGAAGUCUUUGGACAUAAAAUCCGAAUUCUAUCCUCCUUCAAUUACGUACACCGAUUACUGCCCGGAAAAUAUAUUUAAUGUUAAAUCGGUCGAAAAACCUAUAAGAGUAAAUAAAUUUAGUACUUUUUUUCUUUUUUAA